AUAUAAGGGGUUAAUAUUGGGUAUUGCUACAGAUAGACUAGAUUGAUACAGAUCUACUAAAGUAUAAUUUAUAAAAUAUUUUAGUUUUGAAAAUUUAUAUUGUGAGUUAGCAAAAUGAUGAUGGAUUAUUUUGUUACAAAUAAUUCUCUGGCACCUGCACCUAUGGGAAUUCAAAGUACUGCUGGUGCUGUACCUGUAAAAAAUGAUAAAGGUGAACUUUCUAUGAAAAAAGUAAAAGUACAUCGUUAUGUUUCUGGCAAAAGGCCAGAUUAUGCACCAGCUGCUAGCUCAGAAGAAGAGUCUGAAGAAGAAGAUUUCUUAGAAAAACGUGUACAUAAAAAUUAUGAAGAAAAUGAAAUUUCUACAGAUACACCUACGCAUUCACAGGUUAAAAUAAGUGAUGAAGAUGAUCCACGUAUAAGAAGAUUAAUACGUUUGGAAAAGCAAAAGGAAUCUAAUACAGAAAUUCGUGCAGAAAGACAUAGACAUAUACAUGAACCAGAAUUAAUUGAGAUUGAACCUGAAAGAACUCGAGAAAGAAUUAAAUUAGAAAGUUCAGAUUCUUCAGAAGAUGAAGAAUUGUCAGAUUCUGAAAUUGAAAGAAGACGAGAAGCAUUAAAACAACGAGUUUUAUCAAAAAAAGAAAAUGAAGAAGAAUUAAUUCAUGGAGAAGAAGAUGAAAGAUCAGUUGAUACCUCUGAGGAAAGUUCAGAAUAUGAAGAAUACACAGAUUCAGAGGAAGAAACUGGUCCCAGAUUGAAGCCAGUUUUUGUACGUAAAAAAGAUAGAAUUACUGUGAUGGAGAAAGAAAAAGAAGCAAUGAAACAAAAGCAAGCAGAAAUUGAAGCCAAAAAGUUGGUGGAAGAACGAAAACGACAAACAUUACGUAUGGUAGAAGAAGCAAUAAGAAAAGAAACACAAGUAAAUAAAAAUAUUAGCGAACAUGAGGGAAAACUUGAAGAUGUUUGUACAGAUGAUGAAAAUGAUGAGGUUGAGUAUGAAGCUUGGAAAUUACGAGAAUUAAAAAGAAUUAAACGUGAUCGUGAAGAAAGAGAACAGCUUGAAAAAGAACGGCUUGAAAUUGAACGAAUACGUAACAUGACAGAAGAAGAACGAAGACAAGAAGCGCGAUUAAAUCCAAAAGUCAUUACAAAUAAAGCUGCCAAAGGAAAAUACAAAUUUCUACAAAAAUAUUACCAUCGUGGAGCUUUUUACUUAGAUAAAGAGGAUAAUAUAUUCAAACGAGAUUUCUCUGGUGCAACUCUAGAGGAUCAUUUUGAUAAAACGAUUUUACCAAAAGUUAUGCAAGUGAAGAACUUUGGACGUAGUGGUAGAACUAAAUAUACGCAUUUAGUUGAUCAAGACACUACUCAGUUUGAUUCACCAUGGAUUUCAGAAACGGCACAAAAUUUAAAAUUCCAUAACAAUCAAGCUGCGGGAAUGAAGCAAGUUUUCGAACGACCAUCAUUGAAAAAACGAAAAAAUGAAAAUUAACAUAAAAACUUUAAUUUGAAUAAGUCGAUAUUUACAAUAUAUUAUAAAAUGACAUAAAACAAUAA